AUGGACAGGCGUUCGUCAAGACGAGCGCAAAGAGCAAGUGCCAAAGCUUCUCAGGGAAAUGCAGACCUGGGAAGGACCUCGAAUUCCUCACCACCGGCGGAGAUACGCCAAUCCUCUACCUUACUUCCCACGCAUAACAAUGAAAAAGUCGGUUCCGAUUCCAGUCUCUCUCGUCGCCGAAUGUUUCGUGUGGACACUGCUGGAGAAAGCGGCAGAAGGGGAAUCCAUCCCAUCCAUUUCCUCCAGGUCUGCUUCAAGAGUACCUGCACCUUGUCAAUGCUAGUGAAUAUUCUCUGGCCCGUUGUUCCGGCAGCGAUUGCCAUCCAUUUUGCUCGACCCGAUCUUCAUGUUUGGAUAUUCGCCCUCAAUUACAUCGCAAUGGUGCCGUCGGCAAACCUCCUGGGAUUUGCCGGUGGAGAACUCGCCAAAAAGCUUCCUAAAGUACUGGGUGUCUUGUUGGAAACAACCUUGAGCUCAGUCGUUGAGGUCGUGCUUUUCAUGGUUUUAAUUCACAAUGACAACAACGGGCAAUUGAUUCCUGUCAUUCAAGCCGCUAUUCUUGGUUCUGUGCUGGCGAACCUUUUGCUUUGUUUGGGUAUGUGCUUCUUCUUCGGAGGCAUCGGGCGUAGCGAACAAAGCUUCCAUGAGGCCGUCAGCGAAGUUGGUUCGGGGCUGCUGCUAGUUGCGGGCUUUGGGUUGCUGAUCCCCAGCGCCUUUUAUGCGGCCCUGGCGAGCAAUUCGACCAAUGUCCAGAUUACCCGCCCAGAACUAAAUAGGGCCACUUUGACAAUCAGCAGAGCCACGGCCAUCAUCCUUCUUUGUGCCUUUAUCAUGUAUUUGGUUUACAAUCUUCAUAGCCACCACUCGAUUUUCGAUGAAGUUCUCGAAUUUGAUGAGGCUCAGGACGAGGACCGAGAGAAAGAGGCUAGAAGAACCAAACUCACUUUGACCGAAUGCUUGGUGGCCAUAGUGAUAUCACUGACCUGCGUUUGUAUGUCUGCUGUUUUCCUGGUCCAGGAAAUCGAACACAUUGUCGAGGAGCGGGGCGUGUCGGAUAAUUUCAUGGGUCUUAUCCUGGUGCCUCUGGUUGAGAAGGCCGCAGAGCAUCUGACAGCCAUUGACGAAGCCUGGGAUAACCAAAUCAAUUUCGCACUCUUCCACUGCCUCGGCCCAUCCAUCCAGACUGCCUUGUUAAAUGCGCCCCUGGCAGUUAUUGUGGGUUGGGGUCUUGAUAAGGACCUAGGGUUGAACUUCGAGAUCUUCAUGAUCGUUCUCGUUGUGCUGGCCAUCCUGGUCGUUGGUAAUUUCCUGCGAGAUGGCAAGUCCACCUGGCUUGAAGGUGGUCUCUGCGUGCUCAUUUAUGUAAUUAUUGCGGUGACCACUUGGUAUUAUCCCAAGGUUGAGCCAACAGAGUCAACAUUGCCAUGA